AUGGGCACACAGAUGAAACAAUUGAAGGUAGUACUUGAUGAACUUGAAGAUAUACUGGCUAACAUAAGAAAUGUUCUGCAAAGUAUACAUGGAAAAUUAUCAUCUCUUUCAGAUGCAGAUAUUGAUUUUGAAAUGAAUGAGCAAGAGAUCUAUAAUAAUUUGAACGGCGAAAAUACUGCUUUCUGUCAUUCUAGAAGAACUGAUGUUACAACUACAAAAGUUAAGAAAAAUACUUAUUCCACACAUUUAGCUGCUCUAAUGGUUGCCAUAUACGGUAUGGUCCAGCAAGACUAUUUGAUGCAGGAAAGGAUCGUUUCUGCGUUAGAUCUGAACGUGUCAUCGGAAGAACUGGAAAGCUACUGCCUGAUGUGGUCUUUGCGUCCCUUCUUAAACAGUGGCGGAUCUUGCCUAAAAUAUUAA